GAGACAUAGUUAGAGAUGUUGGAUUGGAGAUCCUAGGCGUCCAAUGUUGCUCUAACCGCUCAUCUCCUUUCAAUUUCAUGUAUGCUAUGUUUUUGUGUUUUCCGGUGAAUGACACCGCAUCUGCAUGUCGUUUGUUGCUUGAACCACGCAAUUGCAUUACCCUCUGUUUCUGUUUCCGUUCAAUUGUAACCCACAUUACAAGUUUCUCUCUUUCCACAGCAUCUCCUAUCCCUUCUUCACCCACAUUUCGCUUCGCAGUUUCUGUUUUUCCUUUCAUUUCAUUUGGUUAGAGAAUCUGGGCAGGGCCACAUUGGGUCUCUGUAUCCAUCCCUUCUUCAACCUAAUACGGUAUAAUACAACAGAAAGAAAAAGAACAUAAAAUCACAUUCUCAUUGGCAUUGUUGGGUUGGGAAUUGGUGGCGGGUGUUAUGGGUUGCAUAUGCUCCAAAGCAAAAUCACCACCAUCACACCAAUACGUUUCCCAAAACCAUACUGAAAGUUUGAAGGCCACUCCAUCCCCCAACACCAACCAUUUCGGAGACACCACUUCCCUAGUAUCCAAUUCAAAUUCAAAUUCAAAUGCAACUCAAGAAAAAGCCUCCACCCCAAUUCAACAGAAAGGAGACAAGAAAGCCAAUGGGAAUGGGGUGCAAUCAACGACACAAACACAACAACCUAAGAUGUCUAGGUUGUAUAGUAUAACCAGAGGGGAAAGAGGAGUACAGGUUCUCGCUGGAUGGCCCUCUUGGCUGUCUGCAGUUGCCGGUGAAGCCAUUAAUGGCUGGAUACCUCGUAGGGCUGAUUCCUUUGAGAAGUUGGAUAAGAUUGGCCAAGGAACUUACAGCAGUGUUUAUAAAGCUCGUGAUCUUGAAACAAAUACAAUUGUUGCAUUGAAGAAGGUUCGAUUUACUAAUAUGGAUCCAGAAAGCGUUUGUUUUAUGUCAAGGGAGAUUAUUGUGUUGCGAAGGCUUGAUCAUCCCAAUGUCAUGAAGCUUGAGGGCAUGAUUGCCUCACGGGUCUCUGGUAGCUUGUACCUUAUCUUUGAAUAUAUGGAGCACGAUCUUGCAGGACUUGCAGCAAUACCUGACAUCAAGUUUUCCGAAGCACAGAUCAAGUGUUACAUGCAACAGCUUCUUCGUGGUCUAGAACAUUGUCACAGUCGUGGUGUCAUGCAUCGUGACAUAAAAGGUUCAAAUCUUCUGCUUGACGGUAAUGGCAGACUAAAGAUCGGUGAUUUUGGGCUCGCAACUUUGCUUCAGCCAUCUCAGGGGCAGCCUUUAACAAGUCGGGUAGUGACCUUGUGGUACAGGCCACCUGAACUUUUACUUGGAGCUACAGAUUAUGGAACUACUGUGGAUUUGUGGAGUGCUGGAUGUAUUCUUGCAGAGUUGUUUGUAGGGAAGCCUAUACUGUCUGGACGAACAGAGGUGGAGCAACUACAUAAAAUCUUCAAACUGUGUGGAUCUCCUUCUGAAGAAUACUGGAAGAAGUCAAAGUUACCGCAUGCAACAAUUUUUAAACCUCAACAUCCUUACAUACGCGUUGUUUCUCAGACAUUCAAGGAUUUUCCUUCAUCUACACUGAGCCUCUUGGAGGUCCUUCUAGCUGUUGAAUCGGAUGAUCGGGGAACUGCACCUUCAGCACUUCGGCAUGAGUUCUUCACAACGAUGCCACUUCCUUGUGAUCCAUCAUCUUUACCAAAGUAUCCACCGAGUAAGGAGUUUGAUGCGAAACUUCGCGAAGAGGAAGCUAGAAGGCGAAGAGCACCAAAUAAAGGACAUGAUUAUGAAUCACUUGGGAAUAAUUUAAGAGAGUCUACAGCUGUGCCAAUACCUGGUGCUAAUGCUGAGUUUCUGGCAACUAUUGGGAAAGGACAGUGUAAUUCUAAGCGGGUCUGUGAGAAGUACAAUUACGAAAAGGAUGAGGGUUAUGGCUUCUCUCGCGAACCUGUAAAGUCAACGUCAACAGCACACAAUGUACUUUCUCAUUCUGGGCAGUCAAUGCAUCCAAGUGUUUAUGGAUCCUCACGCAAUUUGAAUUUGACAGAGGAAAAUGUCCUAACAUGCCCUGAUCAUGGCUUUAUAUCAAGAAAGUCUGAGUUGAGCAAACAUACUUCCUAUUGGCAAGGUAGCGUCGCAAAAUUGUCAAGAUUUUCUAAUUCAAUUGCAGUUCGUGGUGAUUCACUGCUUGAAAUGAGUGGUGGUGACUUUGGUGUGAAUUCGCAGUUGCCAGAAGAUCAAUUUGGCAGGAUAUAUAGCCAUAAAGCAGAUAGUGAGUCCAACCAAUUGUUCGAUGGACUCAAAUCUUAACAGAAGAAGGACUUUCUCCCCACAGGGAAGGACCGUGCCAAGGGCCUUGCUAACUAAAAUGCCCGCAUGCAUCAUUCUGGACCGUCGCUGGCCUCCAGAGGAUAGUCUUGGAGGAAUACUGAAGGAAAACGAAAGGCAAACCCAACAUGCUGUCCGGAAAGCUCGUUUGAGAAAUCAAAAAGUGACUGACUUUCAAGAGUGUUCUGAUGCAGUUAACAUGGGAUGAGAACACUCGAACGCAG